AUGGAGGAGCCGCCGAUCAAAGGAGCCGCCGAGAUUAUGGUUGGAGGGUCUCAAUCGCCGGAUACAAACCUUGGGUCAUUUCUCGCCGAAACCCGCGCCCUCUUUCAUCCGAAACUCAAGAAACCUUCUUUUCGAGGAGAGCUUCUCCACAAAUCUCUUCGCGAACAUGUUGGAACGUCCCGGCUUGGCGAUAUCGAAGCAAAAUUCGUCUGCACGUCUGUUGAUGGAGCCAUGAUACCACCGAGACUGCUCAUUUUUCGGAAUUUCCCCAUCGAAGUUCAGACAGACGAGGAUCAUCGAGAGGUGGAAAUCGUCGACGCACUUAUGGCAUCAACAGCGGCUCCUCUACUACUUCCCGUCUCUCCACUCGGUCUCUCCGAUGGAGGAGUUCUCGCAAAGAAUCCCAGUCUCGUCCUCUUGACUGAAUAUCAUCGAUUCUAUGCGAAAGCCGUCCGCCAUCCAACUCCUUCACUAUUCCUUUCAUUAGGCACUGGCUACAACGAGGCGAGACGCACAAGUGGAAUUCAUUUUGGAGAUUUGCCGAAGAAUCGCGUUUUCUUCGAUCGGCAUUUUAUGCGCACGACGAAGAAUCUCUUUGACGUUUUUGUUAGCCAAUCAACAAGCGGCGACACAGCAUGUCUUGCUCAAGCAGCCGCUUGGUGUCUUGCUACGAGAAGUCCCUAUUUUCGCAUCAAUCCGCCAAUUUUUUUCAAUCGACUU